GUUACUAUGGUUUUCGCGCAUUUUUGAAAUUAGUAUUGGCAGAACUGCGAUUGCAACGAAUGACCAGCGCUGCGAAUAACGAAUACGACUUAGCCACAAUCUCCCUCUGUAUGUAUUCGACUAGGUUAUGGAGUAUGGACAAUUGAAAUUUUGUAUCCUGACGUCGGCUAGAACAGAUUGCGAAAUUUUCUUUUAAUUUUACUUUUAUAUUUGUUGAAGGAUAAGAAUUGAUAUAGAUUUAUUAGAAAAAAAUGUUACGUCACAUGAGAAAAGUUGACAUUUAUUAAACUAGAGUUUUUAAAUUAGAGUUAUCCUAAUUGGUUUUUGUGAAAUAUAAGAAUAUUCUUGGAAUAAAUUUACAGACUAAACAAAUUAUAUUUUUUCGUGAUUUUCUGUGAAUAUUAAAAAUGAGUUACGAAUUACAAAGGGUUGAAUUGCAAGCUGAUGCCUACAUGGUCUGCCUGCAACAUGUUUUGUCUACUGAAAAUUUUGAAGUGAUGGGUCUGCUUAUCGGUGGACAUAUUGAUGGUGUUACAACAAUAUCAGCUGUAAUAAUUUUAAGACGUUCUGACAAAAAAAAGGAUAGAGUUGAAAUAUCAUCAGAACAAUUAUACAUGGCUACUGCUGAAGCUGAACGUUUGUCAGAAGAAUUGGAAAGAGAAAUGAGGGUAGUUGGCUGGUAUCAUUCACAUCCACACAUAACAGUCAAUCCAUCUCAUGUUGAUGUGAGAACACAAGGAAUGUAUCAAACUAUGGAUCCAAGAUUUGUUGGACUGAUAUUUUCAGUAUUUUCAGAAGAUAAAAAUACAAAGGAACAAGAAGUAUUGCUAACUUGUUUUCAGUCUAAAGAUGGAAAGUCUAAAGAGAUUCCACUUGAAAUAACACAUGUGCCUGAUAUUUCUCUCAAUUGUGCAAAAACUAUGACAGAACUCCCAAAAAUUUUAGCACAAGAAGAAGAAGACAUGGCUGCAGACUGCAAAAAUCAUCCAGAUAUACUUAUUUCUAUUCACAACAAUGCAGUUCAAACACGAGCAUUGGAGCAUGUAACAGAUAUAGUUACAAAACCACUAGUACAAACAUUUUCUAAAAGAUUGAAGUCCAACAAUAUACAGAUUGAAUAUCUUAAAAAUGAAAUCAAAAAGUUGAGAAAGCAAAUAGAAGAAUCGUCAUAGUAGUUAUUAACUGAAGUUUGUGUUACUAAAGAUAUUAAAUAAUACAUUACCUAACUAGUGCAGGAAUAGUUCGCUUCACUCUAGUAUAAACGCCACACAAGACAAGAAUCAACUUUUCCGCACUUGUGUGUAUUAUUAAAUAUUUUUCUUUAUUUCUAUAAGUAUGACUGAUAAAUUAAAUUAUAAGUUCUAAGUAUUGUUCGAUUCAACUUAAUAUGACAAUGCCGGUUUGAUAUAGAUAAAGUUUAUAUUGUUGAGUAAA